AUGCGUCCAGAUACGUGCGAGCACGUGAAGGUUUGCGCGGAUGUCCGCAGAUGCGCUGGAAUACGCGCGGAUGCUCGCGGGUGCGCUGGAAUGCGCGCGGAUGCGCUGGAAUACGCGUGGAUGCUCGCGACCAAGUGCGCUCCUGUGCGCGCCGCUGCGCUCCAAUUCAACCCUGAUGUUCCGUAUACUGAUGCUCAAGCAUGGAUUUCAACCGCUGAUAUAUGCAUCGCAGAUCAUCCUCUCCAAAGCGGACAAUUAAUGAUUGCACUCUCUCGAGCCUUAAAAGGACAAGCUUUAACUUGGUUAUCACAAGUUUCGUUUCCUGGGAUAACAUGGGAUGAAUUCAAAGAAAUCUUUAAAACACGGUAUGAUUGUCCCGAAACUUCAGCAUCAUUUUUAAUUAAUUUACAAAAUGGAAAACCUUCUGAAGGCGAGUGUCUCGCGGCUUACGCUGCUUCUCUAAUAACAUCAUUAAUGUCUCGUUGGAAGAAUAUGUCAAAUGAACAAAUUGCUGUAUCCACCGUCCUAGCUCACAUCUCUCAAUUGGAACCACAAGUUCAACAUCUUGCUUAUACAACGGAGAUUGAAACAAGAAAUAAAUUACAACAAGAAUUGAAAGCAAUAUCGUUCAUCAAACGAAAAUCAUCAACAUCACCUAACGAACGUGAAGGAUUUGAAAACAAACGAACUAAAUUCACACCAUCGACUUCAAUCAUCAAAUGUUAUACAUGUGGAAAACCAAGCCACAAAUCUUCGACGUGUCAUAUGAAAAACAUCUACCGAAAAGAAGAUCAGCGACGAAGAACUUCACAGAUCGAAUCAUCUAACAAGAACACGAACGACAAGACAACCAUCACAUGUUUUAAAUGUCAAGCCAUCGGUCAUUAUGCUUCGCGGUGUCCUAAAACCACCAAUCAACAUAAUAACACCGUUACUGGAAAGACUACUGAACGACGAAUAGAUAUGUGA